AUGCCAGAGAAUCAGGAAACACUUUUCGCUGCUGAAAAGAAGAAAUUAAAGGAAGAACAACAAAGAAAUUAUAUUGCUCUAUGCUUCCCCCAACAAGCUAUGAUGAAGACAAUUUUCUCAAGGAUAAGAGGAAUAUCGUCAGCUGAAUCAGUCGGUCAAACCAGAAUCAGAAUCGGCCGGUUUGAACAAAACGACACAGUUUUGCGCUUAAGGGGAAAUCAAAGAAGCCAAACCGCGUCUUAUCCAUCUCCUUCCUUAUUCCUUCCAGCAAACACAGCCAGCCUCAACCAAGGGAAAAACCCUAGCCGCCACCACCGCCGCAAGGAGGAGCCGUCUUUGCCGCCGUCCGUCGCAGUCAGGGGCUUGUCUCCUCGAGUCUUCGUGCGUCGCAAUCAGGGGAGUUUCUUCCAAGUCUUCAAUCUGUUCGCAGUCACAAGUCACAGGCGCGCCACUUCUCCCUCGAAAUCGGUGGCCAUCAUCUUGUCGCCGUUGUCUGUCGCCAUCUGUCGCAGUCAGGGGUUUGUCUCCUCGAGUCUUCGUGCGUCGCAGUUAGGGGAGUUCUCCAAGUCCUCGAUCUGUUUGCAGUCCCCGUCGCAGGCGCACCGCUUCUUCCUCAUGCUCGGCGGCCGUCAUCUUGUCGUCGUCUUUUGUCGCCAUCCGUCCUCCUCAGCGAUCGAAGAUGGCAACAAUGAUAGCAAAGGGUUGCAGUGAAGGCAAAGCAUCUCGAGUUUAAUGUAUCUGGUGAAGAGAGCCUUGAGCAAAUUGGUAACAGAGUAGAACGCCUUAGGAUUAAAUCAGAUAUAUAUUUAUAUUCAAGUACUAAUAUUGAGGUGAAAAUCUGAAUUUCUUCUGAUUAGUUUUGCUGCUAGCAUUCUUCUUGCUAUAUUAUUUUCUGUUUUAUACAUGGAUUUUUAUUGAAGUUAUUGUCUGGGCCCUAUUAAGCGAUUAUUUCAUGUAACAGC